CAUUUCACAAUCCUACCAGUUUUUAUAGUGUACAUAAAAUAGUUCUACUUGCUUCGUAUUUUAUUAUUAAAGCAUACUUUCAUCUUACGCAAGCACCACUAGUUGAAAAAAAUGGACUUGUUGAAGCAUUCCAUAUACUUUGGCGUUUUAAUGGUUUUAUUUUUCAUCCACUAUGCCAGUACUGAACGCAUGGCUCAUCAAAAAGAUGAAAAGAGUCGUGUUUGGAAGAUGCCACCGAUAGUGCUUCCACCAUUACCGAAAUUCGAGCAAGCGACACCAUCAACGACCGCGUCGACUGUCACCGAGCCGACAUUACCGCCGGUAAUCCAAAGCAUUAUUUAUCAAUUGCACGGUUCUAAAGUUUUAGAAAGCGAUGAAGACUACGAACUGUUUUUGAAAAAAAUCAAAAGAGAUUUUUUCCGAACCACUGCCGACCAGUACACUACCAAAAGUCAUACUGGAAAGUGUCCUUUGAAAAACAAAGCACAAUAA